CACCAUCCUUCUCCCGCCCAGGAUGCUUCGGCCUGGAAGUCUCCGCCAUAGAGGGUCCCAGCGUGGUCAUGAACGGCUCGCAGUCCCAACUAGUCCUGGAUUGCAAGUACGACUUCACGGAUGAGUAUGAGAAGAACGGGCUGGUGGUCAAGUGGUAUUUUAAGAGAAAGCCCUUCCCAGUGUACCAGUGGAUCCCGCCUAAUAAGCCUCAGGUUCUUGGUAUUUUGAAAGGGAGACUCAACCUGGACUACGAAGUGUCAGCUGAUGAGUUCUCGAAACACAGAGCACUAGCUAUUGUUAACCCUACCACGGAGCUCUCAGGGGAGUACACGUGCUGGAUAUCAACCUUCGACAGCGAGCACGUAGAGAGGAAAAUGUUGACAAUCUAUGCGCCUCCUUCGGAAAUGACUCUGACGUACUACAAGCCCCGGAUGGACACCGUGGCAGUCACCUGUAGGGCGGGAGGCGUCUACCCGGCCCCUGACAUCGUGAUCUUCAGAAGCUCCCCCUCGGUCAGGAAAAACGUGAUCGAAGGCGCCAAGAUGGAGCGGCGAGUCGUCCCGGGCCGUGGUUUCUACAACAUUAGCAUCGAACUGGAGGCUUUCGACUACGACUUGGACGCGGAGAACAUGUUCGAGUGCGUGCUUACCAUCCCCGGCACAGAAUUCAAAAUGCAGAAGGAGAUCCUCUACUUCCCAGGUGUCCCAGCUCUAACGUCCUCAGUGACCAGCGGCGCGGGGCGGCAGGUGGUGGGGAGCUUGUCGGUGGUCUUCAUACUCCCAGUCCUGUUCCACUACCUCCGCCACCAUUGAGACGAUGACGUAACCGAGCUGUGCGUAGACGCGCCUCCACGCUUCCCCUCCUGCUAGAUUCCUGUGGUGGAGAGAACGCCGCUCUUCCCUCCCUCUCUCCUUCCCUCCAUACAGGUUAGGGUGGCCAUCAGCGUCCACCGUCCCCUUCCCCCUCCCCCCGUGUGCAGCCUCCGGGGGCAGGAGGAGGCGGACGUCAGCUGGGGCGGGGCAAGGCGUCAUUCUCCAGCAUCUGCGGGAAGAACAAAACAGGGGUUCUCCGUUCCCACCAAAGAAGAGUCUCCCAAAUGUUAUCAAGGACAAGGAAAGUCUAUAUGUAUAUUCACUUCCCAUCCAGACAAUUAAGUGUAAACAAAAACGAACACUGCAAACCUUGGUGCCGUCGGUGAUAAAUUGACAGACGUACUGCUGCUCUCACCUCGCCGUCACCCAGGCCAGGAACGUGUGCCAGUGCGUGUCUCGCCUCGACGCGUCCCUGUGUUUGUGCAGCAGUGCAGCAGUCCAUCUGGCCGCGCCGCCACAUCGCCGCGGAACGUCUGGCUCAUCUAUGCUCGGUCAGCCCAUUCUGUCUGUGGAAGAAAUGCAUUUUUUUUUUUUAUCUUAUAUCAAUGUUUCGUUUUUUAUAAAGCAAUUUUGAUCCAUGUUUGCACUGCAAGUGGCCAGAGUUAUGUAAUGAUUUCUGAAGUAUUAUGUAGGAUGAAAGGAGCAUGUCGACAAGUGUUGACUCAAAUCGCUUAACACCCGACUAUAAAAUAACAUGCGCUCGUCCACGGUUCAUUUACAUUGUUCAUACAACUACUCGACAGACCAUUUUACUUUAGCCCCGAAACUUUGAUAGUUUCCUUGGAUACCGAAAAAGAUUGGAUACAGAAGAAGAAAUGUAGGUCUUUGGGAAGAGGAUGUCACAGAUUAGUUCACCUUCCAUCCCCAUGCAAGAGGCUGUCCCUCUUCAGCAGAAAAGACGAUUCUAUGGAUAAAUUCCAGCUCGUAUUGGACACGGAAUUGGCCACCACCGGGACGCGCCUGGCCACACAGGAACAAGCCCAACUCGCAAGGUGACAAAUGUCGACUCUCACCCACAACUGCCGCGGUGACAAGCGAUAAAAAUUUGAGUCUGCCCUCAAUCGGAUCCCAUUUUCUGUGCCAUCAAUCACGAGACGCAAUCACCGGAAACAAAGAAGAUGGGACGCUUGCCCAGCCCUCGAGGCGGAGUGUCAAAAAAGGCGUGUUCGCUUCUGUUGUCCGCGGCUUCCUUUCUUCUUGCUAUUGGCUUUCUAACUGAGUGAGAAAAAUAACAUUUACUUUGUUACUGUGACAUCCACGCCGAUAGAAAACCGCUGCUACGCCUCCCAAUUGAUUUUUUAGUCGUGCGAGGCUUUUCAAGGGAUAGUGUUGGGUAGUGCUCGUCUUCGUAAAACAGAUGGGAACGUCAAUUUUUUCCCAGGGUCAUGUCACGCCGGGUCAUUUAGGAGACAGAUCAGAUGGUCCUCUUUCGGAGACCAAUCACACCCGAGCCAAUAGAAGGCCACGGGUCGCCCUGUGAUCAAGGCCAUUGGUUGAGAGGAAUAUAUGACGUCAUAAAGAAUGCUGGCGACGGUUCACCUGGCCAAGGCUCAGCUCACCUGCCCCUAAUGAGCUCUGUGUAAACGAGAUUCGAAACCUACUUAUUGAUCAGAGAGAGAGAGAGAGAGAGAGAGAGAGAGAGAGAGAGAGAGAGAGAGAGAGAGAGAGAGAGAGAGAC